CAAAGGUCAACAACAAUAUGGAAAGUCUACGAAAAACCUCAAUCCUUUCGAAAAUCAAAAUCAUCGUCCGUUCACGAUUUUCAUCAACCAGUUGGUGGGCGGAGUUCCCACAAACACUUGUUAACUUAGUUUUUUUCUCACUGAAAACCCAAUGUUUUCUUCAGCUGUAUUCCCUUCUUUCUUUCUCUAUAUCUAUCCACCAUAACUAUUCAUGAUUCACAGAAUUCACACCAGCAAAAACGUCAGAAACAAGAAGAUUCGGGAAGAAUGGCGAGCAUUGCUACCACUUGUUCUUCCGGUUUGAUUUUGAGGAGAAAAGAAUCAACCACCAAUGCAGGUUCGAUGCUUCAGUUCAAUGGCCUUAGAGCCAUUGAAUCCAACCAGAUUACUGCUUCAUCUGGAUUCAACCCUAGUUGGUCUGCAUCUACUUCAGCUUCGAAAUCUAGAUCAAUCAAGGCUAUGGCUUCGGCUCCCAAACGAGAAACAGACCCGAAGAAAAGGGUUGUCAUCACAGGAAUGGGAGUUGUCUCCGUUUUCGGCAACGAUGUCGACACAUUCUACGACAAACUCCUAGAGGGUCAGAGCGGAAUCACUCUAAUAGACAGAUUCGAUUCUUCCACUUUCACCACUCGUUUCGCUGGCCAGAUUCGUGAUUUCUCUUCCGUCGGCUACAUCGACGGGAAAAACGACCGUCGUCUUGAUGACUGCUGGAGGUAUUGUUUGGUCGCCGGCAAAAAGGCGCUCGAAGACGCCAACCUCGGCCCAGAGAUCCUAAAAUCCAUGGACAAAACGAAAAUCGGAGUUCUGGUCGGGUCCGGCAUGGGAGGUUUAUCGGCGUUUAGCACUGGAGUCGAAUCGCUUAUUCAAAAAGGAUUCAAGAAAAUCUCUCCGUUUUUCAUUCCAUACUCCAUCACUAACAUGGGAUCGGCUUUAUUAGCUAUCGACACCGGUUUAAUGGGCCCAAAUUACUCGAUUUCUACAGCUUGUGCGACUGCAAAUUAUUGCUUUUUUUCAGCUGCAAAUCACAUUCGAAGAGGAGACGCCGAUAUUAUGGUUGCAGGUGGAACCGAAGCUGCUAUCAAUGCUACUGGUGUCGGUGGGUUCAUCGCUUGUAGGGCUCUUUCCCAAAGAAACGACGAACCCCAUCGGGCUUCUAGACCUUGGGAUCAAAAUCGCGAUGGUUUUGUCAUCGGUGAAGGUUCAGGCGUCCUGAUUAUGGAAAGCUUGGAGCAUGCAAUAAAACGUGGGGCUAAUAUACUCGGGGAGUAUUUAGGAGGAGGUAUAACUUGUGAUGCUCAUCACAUGACUGAUCCUCGCAAAGAUGGGCUUGGAGUUUCGUCUUGCAUAACCAAGUGUUUAGAAGACUCGGGUGUUUCACCCGAAGAGGUGAACUAUGUGAAUUGUCAUGCAACAUCGACCCUAGCCGGGGAUUUAGCCGAGGUUAAUGCCAUCAAGAAGGUCUUUAAGGAUACAUCUGAGAUCAAGAUGAAUGGAACCAAGUCGAUGAUUGGACAUGGUCUUGGAGCUGCAGGUGGAUUGGAAGCCAUUGCAUGCAUAAAAGCAAUUAACACCGGGUGGCUACACCCUACGAUUAACCAAGAUGUAAAAAUGGCUAAAACCCUAAACCCUUUUGCUACAUUAAUUGGCUCUUUAUGUAUUCAGUCAUGUUUUAAUCUUUUUCUUUUGUGUAUGCAGAAUUUGGAGCCUCUGGUUGACAUCGAUACAGUCCCAAAUGUGAAGAAACAACAUGAAGUCAACGUUGCCAUUUCUAACUCAUUUGGGUUUGGUGGGCAUAAUUCGGUGGUUGCAUUUGCUCCUUUCAAACCGUGAACCUUUUUCAACUACAUGUUCCCAUUUCUGCACACAAAAAAUUCGUUUUUGGGACCCGAUAAACAGUUGAGCAUAUUUGAGCGAAUUAUGUAUGUGUGAUGAUCAUUCCAAGAAGAGUUUUUGAUGUAACACUAUUUUCCUGAUACAUGUAUUCGAGGUGAUUAAAAAGAUCGGUGAUUAAUAAAAUAUUUAUCAUGUUUUGCAAAAAA